UUAUUUGACUUGUGAGGCUACAGUAUAUGUGACAGCAAGUUAUUGCGUUUUACAAUAUACACCGGCUGAAUUGCCAAAGCACAAGUUGUGCUAGAUCUUUGGAAUACAAGCUAACAUGGAUGGAAAUGAAGUCUCUGAUCUUCUUGAACCCAAUGUUGACCACCAAGCGUUGAAUAUAAGUCCUCUUGCAUCUGAGGUUAAAUCGAUUUCUGCUAAUAAAUGUCCUAAUAAAAAGACAGUAAGACUGGCAGGAACAGAAUCACUGACCCACGUGCCUGUAGGCCCGCAGCAAGUAGGCACAUUGUUUGCAUUUGGCGCUCAACAAGGAUUAAUUCAACCACUUGGAAUUCCUAUCCAGCAUAUGCCCAGACAGGCACCUACAAUUGCACAUGGAAGGCCAUUAGUACAGAGUCAUGCACAGAAUGGCAAUAUGUUUGGCAGUUAUCAAAGAUUUCAUGGAGCCCAUUUUGUCCCAUCCAACAAAAGCUCGACAAUGGGCCACAAAAGGCCUGCCAAUCACCCAGGUCCUUCCAGACCUUCCAUUAAUAAGCAGUUUGGGCAGAUACAGCUGGGAGCCCAGGAAGCUCAUGCACUAAAUAACUGGAAUAGAGCUGCCAUGAUUGCACCUAACCAACAGUAUCCUGUGCAACUAUUAUCCACCCCGGGCACAGCUGUGCAAUUUGUAUCUGGCCCGGCAUUCACAGGAAUUGGAGGACAAGUCAUAUAUUUGUCACCUGGUCAAGGCUAUAGAGCUCUGCCAUCAGCACCACCUUAUUGCCUAGGCAUGCCAUCUGCAAACCACUUUGUAGCUCCUCAGAGCAUGGGGCCACCAUGUCAGAGCCCUAGGGGACAUGGCAACCAUUCUGCAAGCAACCAUCCAGCUGCCAGUGCUACGGCCAACAACAUUUUCUGCCCCAACACAGGCGUGAAGCAGUCAGUUUCCUGUCAUCAGGGUCAGAAUAAACUGCAGAAUCCCUUUGUUCCGGUCCCGCUGCUGAAACCUAAGAGAAAACAGCCACGAGCACCAGGUACACGGAGCUGUGCUGCCCUAACAGAUAACAACUCUGGAAAUAAAUAUUUAAAGAAUAAUACUUCAGCAAAAGAGGCUAUUGUGGGAUCACAAGAGAAGACUGCUGAGGUGGAGGAAUGCCCAAGAGGACUAAAGAGACCGGCCACUAAGCAGCUUACAAGAGAAGCUCUACUUCUACAUCAGCUGUACAAGGACCAGGAGCGCUCUGUGCUGCCAGAUAAAGGCAAAUUCCUGUCACUGGAGGAUGCUGCUCAGAGGCUUCUCCCGUACCACGUCUUCCAGGGAUCACUACCCACCGAGGAAGACUUACAUAAAGUGGACACUGAGUUUGAGUCUUCAGCCACGCAUCUUCUAAAGAAGGCCCAGGCCAUGCAAAACAAAUACCGCUUGCUGCUAAUAGAUGAUGCAAUGCGGAUCAAUAAUUCUGCAGAAAUGCUGAUGUUAGAAAGAAUGUUUAACCAGGAGGAGAGAGACACGCUGAGACGUGAGAAGCAGAUGGCAUCAGCUGAUCCUGAUGGUUACCUGGCAGAAUUCUGCUGCGCCACCCAAUAUAAGGAGACCAUCUGAAGUAACCCUGCUCAGGAAUCACAAUCAUGAUGCAGUUCCUAUCAAUAUCUAGGAAAUUAUAACAUAGGAUG